GAGAAAAGGUCGGGCCUGCCUGGUGCGCGUGCGCAGUUGUGGAGGCGUCGGCAGGGUCUCGGUUUGACAGAUAAAUCGGAGGUUUUUGUCCUUCUCGGUUGGGGUUGUUUUCUUGUUGUGUUUUCUGGAUUUUUUUUUCUCUCCCCUUCCCUGAGGCUUUAGAGAUAACUAUGUCGUACGGACAGUUAGAGACUUACCGGCCUGGGGGGCUUCCGGUUCGAGAUUUCAGCACCAUUAUCCAGACCUGCAGCACCAACAUCCAGCGCCUGGCACAAUGCACUUCUCAAAUAAAGAAUUUGAUGAAUCAGUUGGGAACCAAGCAGGAUUCAACCAAACUGCAGGAAAACUUACAACAGUUGCAAAACACAGCAAACCGGCUUGCCAAAGAGACUAAUGAAUACCUGAAGGAGUUAGGCUCCCUUCCAUUGCCCUUAUCUACUUCAGAACAGCGCCAGCAGAAACUUCAGAAGGAGCGUUUAAUGAAUGACUUUUCUGCAGCCUUAAAUAAUUUUCAAGCAGUGCAGAGAAGAGUCUCGGAGAAAGAAAAGGAAACUGUUGCCAGGGCAAGAGCUGGCUCUCGUUUCCCUGGAGAUGAGAAACGCAGAGAAGAGCAGUUGGUCUCAUUUGACAGCAAUGAAGAAUGGGAUCAGAUGCAGGCUCAGGAAGAAGACGUACCUAUAACAGAGCAAGAUUUUGAGUUAAUCAAGGAGAGAGAAACUGCCAUUAGGCAAUUGGAGGCAGAUAUCUUGGAUGUGAAUCAGAUUUUUAAAGAUUUGGCUAUGAUGAUCCAUGAUCAGGGAGACAUGAUUGAUAGCAUAGAAGCAAAUGUAGAGAAUGCAGAAGUCCAUGUGGAAAAUGCCAAUGAACAGUUGCAGAGAGGAGCUUAUUAUCAGAAGAAAUCACGCAAGAAGAUCUGCAUCCUAAUUUCUGGCUUGGCUUUAGCCUGUUUAAUCUUGGUAAUAAUCAUUUGGCAAGUACAAAAAUGAAGCAUUUCUGUGGAAUUAGAUAUGCAAUUAAUAUUUCUGCCUUGAGACAAGCCUAAGGAAUGAGGGGAUUGAGGUGAGAUGGAAGACAAACUGAUUUUCCAUUAGUAAUUAUAAUAUAAAAACUAACAUGAAGCUAACUAGUUCUUGGAUUUAGUGAACCAUGAAGACAGUCCAUGUUAAUUUAUUUUAUGUAACUAAACUUGUGGAGGGCUUCGUUUUGUUUUCCCGAAUGUUCCUGUCCCAAGUAUUGAAGGAUGUGAUCUAGAUUAGUUUGUUAAUUGCCAUAAACACUACAGAUCUAACUCUUUUUUAAUGUGUACUGGUUUUAUAAGUGACUCAUAUAGGAAUAACUCCUAAGUACAAAAUCCCAAGCAAUUUUCAGUGUGAUCCACACAGCUGUUCCAGAUGUGCAUCCCCCUACAGGAAACUGCCACACUUGUUUGAAACAGCAAUUCCUGACUUCAAUUGUGUGUACUUUGCGGAAGCUGCUUUGAGUGUAGCCCAAUGGGCUGGGAGGAAAAUAGGACCUUAUGUAGCAGACAAAGAAGUUUUUCAAAUUGUGAAGAGAGAACAUCUCAAUUUCCCUAAACAUAGCAUAGCUAAUAUGAGGCUUAUUCAAGCCGGUUCUCUUCAGAAACUCGUUUGGUAAUGAUUAGUCUGAAAAUAUUUGUAUUUAAAGUCCUGUUUCUCUUGCUCCAUUUUUGUGGUGACUAUCAAUUGCUUAGUAAUAUGUCCAGAUGUCUUUUUUAAUGAAGGUGUCUUUGGAAAUGGCCCAUCCUACUGUCUCUUCUCAACUUUGAACCACUAGCACAUACAUUAAAUAUUAUAGCAGUAAAAAGUUGGCAUCGAGAGUCUGAAAUGGAAAUAAUAGGUUAUGCCUUUCUUUUGGGGAUUUUGGUAAAUACGUCUGUCCAAAAGAUUUCUAGUUUGGAGUACCAACUUCCUUCCUAGACUAUCUGUGGAUAUUACAGUCAAAUGUACUAGGAAAACAAAAUUUAAUGAAAGAAGUUAGCAGCAUACUUGAGGCUGAUAUGACUUCUGUCCUUCUUUGCAUAUAGUGAGAAUGUUCUGAUUUCCUCUUAUAUUUAAAUGUAUAAAGUAGUUUAAUCCUGACAUACUAGUACCCUACUUGGGUUAAAAAAACAUUUUCCAUAUUGGGAGUUUAGGAAAAGUGUUCUGAAUAGUAAAAGGAAGCUUUAAACCUUUUGCAUCAAUGGAGGAUUAGAAGCAUGCCAGUUUAAGAUUCACUAUACUGUGUCUUUAUGACCCAUGGGUUUCAUUUUAUGUCUGAUUUGGUGUUAUGGUGGAUAGCUAAUUUGGGUCAAUGAUACUCUUAAAAGGAAAUGGGCAUGGAAAGCCUAACAUGUUGACUUGUUAACAUUCUGUAUACAAAUAGUGAAUGUUUUUCUCCUGACAUCUAUUUAUUACUUCACAUAUUUUACAUGUUUAAAUGACUAAACUGUGAAAGUUACGUGAAGAACAAUGCCCUCAGUUGCACAUCUUUCUUUGCACUAUCAUUCCAUCCAUUUAAAUAUCAAUAAACAUUUUUAAAUA